AUGAUCAAGAAUGAAAAUUCAAAUAAUAUUUAUAAAUCCCUAGAUUUGAAUGAAAAAGAUUUAUAUUAUUAUAAUCAAUCAAUUGGUAUUAUUGGAAUAGUUGAUUAUUCAAAUAAUUUAAUAGUUCAAAAUGAAGAUAAUAAAAAAUCAAAUUGUAUUGAGAUAACCAAAAGAACGUAUGGUGAAACUAAAUUGAAAUUAAGCAUUGAUACCAAUUCAACGCCAUUUAAAUUAACAAAAUCAUCAGAUUCAACAUGUUUAACUGAUAUUGAUUUUAAUUCAAUUCAUAAUAGUAAUAGUUUUGAUUACAUCUUGGAAGAAUCAAAUAAAAAUCAUCAAUUAACCAAAGCAUUAUUAAAAUCAAUAAACUUUUUAAAUUAUAAUUAUCCAACAAUUUUUAAUAAAUAUAAUCAUUUAAAUAAUUUAACAAUUAAUUUUAAUGAAAAUCAUGGUUAUUUAUCAUCAUUUACUUUUACCAAUAAUAAUAAUAAUAAUAGUUUUGAUGAAAUUAAUAAUGAAAAUAAUUUAAUAACAAAUUAUGAUUUAUUAAAAUUAUUUAUAAAUAAAUGUAAAGAAGAUGGUAGUAGUUCACAAGUGAUUGAAUAUCAAAUUUCAAUAUUAUUUAGUGUUUCAAUUUUAUAUUGGUUAAUAAUUACAAAUGAAAUUUCAAAUAAUAAUAAUAAUAAUAAUAAUAAUAAUAAUAGUAAUAAUAAUAAUAAUAAUAAUAAUAAUAAUAAUAAUAAAGAUGUUGAAAUUAAACCAAAGAAUAUAAUUCAUAGAAUUGUUUUACAUAAAUUAACAAGUUAUGUUUUAUCAAUGACUCAACAAGAUUACCUUUGUUUAAUAAAAGCAUUACAAAUUUCAAAUGGAUUAUUAGAUUCAAAUAAUUUAUUCAUCGAUUAUAUUGAAUCAAUUAAAACAAUUAAUCAAGAAUCAAUUGAAUUAUUUGAAAAAUUAAAAAUUUCUCAAACAUUAAAUACAAUUGAAUUAGAAGAAUGGUUACUUUUAAAUAAUAAUAACAGUGAUAAUAAUAAUAAUGAUGAUAAUGAAAAAUUAAUUAAUCAAUUAAUUGAAAAUGUUAUAAAUAAACGUGAUUCAAGAGUAUCUUGGUAUUUAAAAUCAUUAAAGAUUGAUUAUUGUUAUGAUAGACAAUCAUUAAAGAGAUCAUUAUUAAUUGAAGAUAUUGCAGAAAGAAGAGAAUCAACUUAUCAAGUUAUUAAAAGAUUUAAUUCAUCAGUUGAAGAAAGGAAUUCAAUUCAAUUAGCAAAUGAAAUUCGUGAUUCAAUAAAUUCACCAGGUUUUCCAAAUAAUUGGGAUAAGAUAAUAGUUUGUGGUAGAGAAUCAAGAGCAUUCUCGAAUCAAGCUACUCUAUUCGCGGCUUCUUCAAUGAUAAAAGUUUCUCAAUCAAUUAAAACUUUAAUUUUUCAAAUUAAAAAUUUAAUAUCUUUAAAUUACUUUUUAAAACAAUUUGAUCAACAACAACAAAUUAAUAAUAAUAAUAAUAGUAAUAAUAGUAGUAUGAAUGAAUUAAAAUUAAAAUUAUCAGAAACAUUAAAACAUUUAUUAGCAACAAGUGGUAGAUUUCAAAGUAUUUCUUCAAAAAAAGUAAUUUCAAUCACACAAAUUCAAGGUGCAAUCAUUCAAUUAAAAGAAACAAUUACUAUUGUUUAUGGUAAAUGUUAUCAAAUUAUUGAUGAUCAUUAUUCAAAAUUUAUAAAUUUUCAUGGUGAAGGUUCAACUAGAUCAUUAUUAAUUUCAUCACAUAGUAAUCAACAAUCAAAUCAACAACAACAACAUUAUUAUUACUAUUACCAAAUGGUUUAUAGAAUUGUUGAUGAUUUAUUCGCUAGAGGUUAUGGUAAAGUUUGGAAAGAUGUUCAAUUAUUGGAACAAGAGAUACUAUCUGCUAGAAAGGAAUCAACUGGUUAUUCAGUACUAUUACAACGUCCAAGUUUAUCAGGUUCUGAAAGAUUUAGAACAAAUGAUCUUGAACCAAAACCAGAACAAGAGGAAUCACUUCAAAAGUUAAUUAGAAUUGGUGGUGAAAAUAUUCAUAUGUCUCCUUCAAAUUGUUGGGUUGAACAUUCUACAGACCUAAUUGAAGCAGUACCUUUAUUCAUCUAUGAAAGAACUCAUAUCACUGACGAUGGUAAAAGUGAAACGGUUUUUGAAGUCGAUCAAGAAGGUCUUGAACAAACUAUAAGAUCUUUGGCUGAUCCUUGGUCAAAGAAUAUUAAAAUCACAAUGUUAACUGAACAUUUAUCAUUGGCAAGGGAGUUAUUAGUUAAACAUUCAACAACUCUAUUGGAACAAUCAUUUAAACUCUAUCAAGACAAUUUGGGAAUCUUUGAAUUUGAACAAAUCUACAGAAAGCUAUUAAUCAAUCAAAAAGAUGAUAUCAUUAAAUUGGCAUGCCAAUUAGAACAAGAAUAUCAAGAGAACAAUCUUUAUGAACAAGUUGAAUCAAACAUCUUUGAAAAUUGGAAACAAUCUAAAUUCAUAACACGUAUUGAAUCAUUAAAACAAUUAAUUCAAUCAAAAGAAUUGGAAAUAAUUGAAAAAUCAAAGAAAUUCAAUUUAUCAUCAUUAAAAGAUAACAAUCCAAUCAAAUUAUCACAAUUGCAAUAUUAUUCAUUAAAGAAGCAAAGAAAUUUACCAGGUUUUCAUUUAUUAACUACCGAGGCACCAGGUUUGGUUGAAAGUUUUAUUCAAGCUGUACUAGAGGAAGAAAUGUGUUUAAAUAAUAUCAUUGAACAUUAUAAUGGUCUACCACAAUUGGUUGAAAAGAAAUUAAAUCAAUAUCAAAAUGAUCUCUAUUUAGUUGGUUGUAAAGUUAUCAAUGAAUUUAAUUAUCAACCAAUAGUUGAACAACGUCAAAAUCAUUUGAAAAUAUCUCAUCAACGUGCAAUCUCUUCAAUUGUUUCUGAUCAUUUAAUAAUUCAAAAACAAGUUUCAUUAUUAUUAAUUUUAUUUGAAUUAGAAAAAAUUGAUGAUUCAUUAUCAUCAUCAUCUGAAAAUUCUAUAAACUUUAAUUUAGAAGAAAGACUUAAAUCUGAACCAAAAACUGUUUUAGAAAUUUUAAAUAAUUCAAAAUAUUAUAAAGAAUUUCAAGAUUUAGGUAUUGAAACAAUUUAUCAACAAAAUAAAAAUGAAAAAGAUUUUCUAUCACCAAAUGGUGUUGGUAGUGGUAGUAGUGGUAGUAGUGGUAAUAUUAUAAAUUUAUCAAAAGAAGAAAUUUCAAUUAUUAUUAAAUCAAAACAACCAUAUAGGAAUGAAUUAAAAUAUUUUAUUCAAUGGGAAGCAAGAUAUAGAGCAUUAGAGAUUAUUGAUAAAAAGAAACCAGAGUUAUUUAUAUUAAAACGUUUAGAGAAAUAUUAUAGAAAUCAUUCAGUAUUAUCAUUAACAACAGCAAGAAGAUCAGUAAUAUCUGAGAAUGGUUUAUUAAAUCAAUUGAAUAAUCCAUUGUUUGCCUUUAGUUGUGGUGCUGUAAUUGGUGGUGGUGGUGGUGGAGGUAGUGACGGUGAAAAUGGUGGUGAAAUUAGACCAACUGGUAUGAGAAAACGUUAUCAUUUCAUUUAUGGUCCAUCAAGAGUUAACCUUGGUAAAGAUGAAAGAAAAUCAGUUGAAACUUGGCCUCAAUUUCUUGGUGUAACUGAUCCACUUUGUGCAAAACAUGCUUAUCGUUUCUAUUCUUUAAUUAAUUAUAAUCCAAUAAUUCGUACUAUCACUACUGCAGAGAAUUUAAAAGUUAGUGAAAAUCAAAAUACUGCAUUGAUUAGAUCAGUUAGAAAUGUACAAGCAUUGUUUGUCGAACGUUUAUCAGUUGGGGAUAUAGAAGAUUUAUCAUAUCAAUUCAAUCAACGUGGUGGUCUUUCAAUUGCAUUGGGUAAAGAAAACGAAUCCUUUUCCGCUGGACCAACAGCUGGCUAUUGUAUUCCAAAAGAUUUGUUAUUCAAAUUGUUUGUUGUAACUCAUCAAGAUUCAAGAAAACUUUCAAUGAUUGGUAUACCAUCACAUCUUCAUCAACAAAUCAUUCAAAUGAUGAUUGAAAUCUCAAAUAAACAAUGGCAAUUCCCUUCAAUUGGUGAAUGGGAAAAUUGGGCUGCAAAUCAAUUUACAAAUCCUGAUCCAAAUGAUUCAAAUAGUUUAUUAAAUAAAUUUUGUGGUUCAACUCAUUCAAAUAAUUUUUCAAAAUAUAUGAAACAAUAUAUUCAAGUUACUGGUGGUAUUGUUUGUUUACAUGUUUCAAAAAUGUGUCAAAUUCUUGGUACAAUUGGUAUACCUUCACCAUUAAUUAAUGGUUGGAGAAGAGGUGGUGGUGGUAGUAGUGGUAUUAAUAUUAAUAAUAUUCCAUCAUCAUUAUCAUCGUCAUCAAAUUUAUCAACAUUAACUUCAUCAUGUCAUAGUACAGUUUGGAGUAAUUGGGCAGAGAAAAAAGUAACAUUAGGUGGUGAACAAGUUAAUAGAUCAGUAGUUUUUCCAAUGACAAUUGAAAUACCAGAGAGUGCAAAAGAAGCAAUUAAAUUAAAUCCAUUAGUAAAGAAUUUACCAAAAGAAACUGAAUUACGUAUACAUAUGUUUGGAGUUUAUAAAGGUGAUGAUAAUGAAAAACCACCACCAGAUGUACGUUUUGCUUGGGUAAUGAGAGCUUUCUUAAUUUUAUCAGGUCAUAUGGAGGAGGUUUCAAUGUCAUUGGAUGAAGAGGGUCAAUUGGUUGCAAGAUUAACAUGGAAUGGUUUCAAACCAAAUUCAAAACAUCAUCAAGAUAUAGCAAUUAGAAAAUAUUUAGCACAACAAUUCAUUGGUAAUGGUGUAUUGGAUUUUGAUGAAACUAAUAAUCGUGAACAUCAAGAGAUUGUAAAUAAAUUAAUUGAAAGAUUUCCUCCACAUUCAACCGUUGGUGAUAUUACUAUCACAAGUGUACCAGGUGUCGAUAGUUCAGAUCUUUUAAAUUUCUCAUCUGAAAGUUUAUCCCUAUUAGAGGAUGAUGCAAAUGAAGCUGCUGAAAUCUUAAAACGUUAUGGAAUUUCAAUGGAUCAAAUGAGAGCCAAUGCACAACUACAUCGUCAAUUCAUUGAUGAAUGGGUACCAUUAUCAACAACCUAUUCAAAAGAGAAAUGUAAUGCGAUAAAGAAAGAAAUUGGUGGUAAAAUUCAUCCAUUAAUGUUAAAAUUAAGAGGUCCAGGUAAUCAAUUCUUAAAGGAUUUACAAGGUCAAGAUAUAGUUGUAUUCUCUAUCACUCAUCCACAAUUACUUUCUUUAAAUCCUUCAACAAUUCGUGAUCUAAUGUUGAUUGGUAGACCUAAUAGUUCAUUGGCAAUUCAUGAUCAAGUUAGUCAAGGUCGUCAUAGAUGUUGGUUUGAACGUGAUAUCAUGCUUUGGUAUGCUGCUUGUUUAGCAAUAGAUCAAAAUGGUAAUAGAAUUACCGAUUGGGAACAACGUCAUACCAAUGGUAGAAGAUCAAUCUAUAAAGCAUUUGGUUUUGGUAAAGAUCAAUAUCAACCAAUUCUAGGUACAGAUUUACGUCAAGAAGUUUUAAGAUUAGAAAAUCGUUCAAUAAUAGCUUUCAAUUAUUUCCAAUCAAUUUAUAAUGAAAAUGAUAAUCAAAAAUUAUUAUCAUUACUUAAUGAUUUUAAUUUUAAAUUAUUUGGUAAACAAUGUAAAAAAUUAAAUCAAUUUAAUAAUGAUCAUACUCAAAAACAACAACAACAACUACAAUAUUCAAAUGAAGGUUUAAUUAUAUCAAGUUUAGAAACUGAAAUUGAUUUAUUAAUUCAAUAUGAACAACGUGUAUUAUUAGCAAAUAGAUCAAAGAAAAGAGAUUUUAUAAUUAGAGAACAUUUACAAGAGUUAUUAGAUAAUCCUUCAAUUGAAAUGUUAUCACCAUUACAUUGGUUAUCAAUUGGUGGUUAUUUAUUAUUAAAUGGUACAACCAUUCAAUAUCAAAAUAGAAUAUUAAAAUUAAUUCAAUCAUCUUAUGAGAAAAUUAAUAAUCUUUUAUCAACAAAUGAAAAUGAAAAUCAAAAUGAAAUGAAAACAACCAAUUUCAUUGGUGAUCAACAAUUGAAUGAUUUAAUAUUUAAAGAUUUAUCACAACAAUUAGCACCAAGUAAAGCUCAAUUUAAAGAUAGAAAGGGUAAAAUGUUUAGUGUUAAAGCAAGUGAAGAUCAUGUUGAAUCUGGUGUAACUAGAAGAAAAGAACUUUUAAUUCAAUCAAAGAAAAAUCAAAUUAUGAAAUCAAGAUCAAUUGGUUUCAAUUCAAUCAUUUCACCUUUAAAAUCAUCAAUUGAUUUAACUAUUGAUAAUGUAAAGAAAAUUCAUUUAAAUGAAAUUCAUCAAAAUAUUUUAAAAUUAAGUAAUAUUUCAACAACAACAACCACCACUACAACAACAACAACAAUAAGUAUUCAAGAUAUUAAUAUUAUUAUUGGUAAAAUAUUUAAAUUAUCAAUUUUAUCAUUAGAAUCAAUUGUAAAUAUAAUUUAUUCAAAUUCAAAGAGUCAAGAUAUAAAUCAACAAGAAAUUGAUAAAAAAGAAAAAGAGAAUUUAUUAUCAUUAUUUGAUAGAUUAUGUAUUAAUGGUAAUGAAAUUGAUUUAAAGAUUUGGGAUCAAUUAAUUGGUACUUAUGAAACAUUUGGUUUAAUUACACCAUUAUAUGAAAUUUCAAAUAAAUCAAUGAAUCAAAAUGAUCAUCAAAUAAUAGUUUCAAUCAUUACAGAAUUGAUUAGUACUUUAUUAUUAUUAGAGAAAUGUUCAAUUUAUUUAUCAUUAGAAAGUGGUGAUCUAGAAUCUGAUCAACCAUUAAUUAGAUCAUUGGCUGAAUUCUUUGCAAAAACAAUAGAUGAUCAUUAUUCAGAAUUCACUCCAUGGAGUAUGGAUCCCAAACGUUAUCCAUUAUUCAAUCGUCAUUUCGAUCAAGUCGGUAUUAUGUUAUCAUCACAUCGUGAACAACAAUAUCAACUCUAUUGGAAAUCACAUAAAUAUCUUUAUCCAUUCAUUAGAUCUUUAAUAAUUAAUAAAUCAUCAAUUAUUAAUUCUUUAAAAUAUAAUGAUAUUGUUGUUGGUGAAAAUAAUACUAGUGGUGGUGGUGGUGGUGGUGGUGGUGGUAGUGGGGGUAAUGAUGAUCAAAAAGUAAUUGAUUUAUUAUUAGGUGAUACAAAUAUUGAAUCAGAUACAAUUAUUACUCAAGCAAUUGGUUCAUCAGUUGGUAAAGAUGAUUAUGAAAAUAAUCCACCAAAAUAUGAAUUACUUUGGAGAUCUUAUAAUCAACUUAGAGAGAUUGUUUUCAUAAAGAAUGAUGGUUUCCAAUUACCAAGAGUAUUCAAAGAUUUCAUCGAUCCAUAUUUAGAGGAAACUUUAAAUUGUUCAAAAAAAGUUAAUCAUUGUUUCUUAUCACCAAUUGGAAGGACACAUUAUGCAAGUUCAAUGACUGAAGGUCCAACUUUAUCUGAUAAUUUGUUUAUUACAAGAGAUGGUAAUUUUAUUUCAUUACCUGAUGGUGGUGGUGGAAAUGGUGGUGGUGAUACAGAUAAAUCAGUUUUAACAAUUAAUGAUGCAUUUUAUUGGAUUAAUUUAAAUCAAUAUAAAUAUUAUCUAUCAAAUUAUUCAAAAUUAUCAACUCAACAAAUUAAUGAAAGAAUUGAAAAAGAAAUUAAUGAAAAGGUUAUCAUUGUUGGUAAAGGUGUAUUGGUAGCAUCAAGAUUCAUUCAUCCAAUUGUAAUUGGUAGUAUUGUAACAUUACAUCAUCAUAGAUUAGAAUCACAAAUUUCAAAUGCUGGUUAUCCAACCACUGAUAAAUCACCUUUUCUUUAUGAAAUGACCUAUAAUAAAUCAUUAUAUCCAUUAAUAUUUAAUUCAAAUUCAAAUCCACAUAAAGUUAAUUUACCACAAGAAAUUGAUUGGUUACAAAUUGAAACUACUCAAAAUCAAGGUACUCACCAAGAAUUAAUGAAAAAGAUUGAAACAAGAUUAUUACCAUUCAUUAAACAAUAUCCAAUUAUAAUAGUUAAAGGUGCUGCAGAAUCUGGUGCUAGAAAUUUAUCAAGAUUUGAUUGUUUAUUACAACAAGAUAAUGACGAUCAAGAUGAUUAUAAUAAUAUUAAUAGUGAUAAUAAUAAUAAUAAUAAUAAUAAUAAUAAUAAUAAUGUUGGUAUAAAAUUAUGUAGUAAAUCAAUUAAUAAUGCAUGUGAAUUUAUAUUACAUAUUUCAAAAUCUCAAAAUGUUGUAAUUCAACGUGCAAUCAUUGCAUCACCAUUAUUUUGGAUGUCACAUAGAUCAAUUAAAAGAAUGAUUGAAAGACAAAUUAAUGAUUAUGGUAUAGCAGUUGAAUUGAAUAGAUUCCCAAAGGAUUCAAUUUAUGGUUCAGUUCGUUUAAUUCUUUCAAGUUCAAAAUGUGCAAAACCAAAUCAUCAAAACAACAAGGAUAGUGAUAAUGAUAAUCAACAACUUUGUUUAGAUGAUCCAUUAAAUUGGCAAACUUCACAUCCAAUUUCAUUAAAUAGUUUACAAAUUGCAACAAAUGUUGGUAGACAGGGUUCAUUAGAAAUUUUAAAUCCUCAAUUAAUUAAAUCAUCAUUAAGACAACAAUUUUUAAAUGGUUUAGAAGAAGCUGGUAGAAAUGUUAUGUCUGAUAUCUCUAAAUUUGGUCCUAUCUAUUGGAAUCAACAAAUUGAACUCUAUAAACAUUCAUUCAAAUCUUAUCAUGAAAGAUUCCCUUCCAUUAAAGAAUUUGAUGCUUUAGGUACUCCAAUUUGGUGGCCACGUUAUUUAAUGUUAGAUUUCAUACCUGAACCAGUUUGGAAAAAUAAAGAAACUGGUGAAAUUGUUGAAUCUUGUAGAUUAAUUGAUAUAACUAUACCUCCAACAACUUUAGAUAUUAAUGAUGAAAAUGAAAAAUCAAUUGAUAAUAAUAAUGGUGGUUCAAUUUAUCUUUUAAAAGAUUUAAAGACAGGUAAAGAAUUUCAAGGUGAAGUUAAAUCAAUUAAAUUUUGGCAUCUUGAACCUAAUGUUGGCGUCGGUUUAUGGACAAACUCUUGGAAGAGAGAAAUCGAAUUACAUACAAUCAUUAAUCCAAUUAAUGGUAGUAAAUCAAUUGAUUGGUCUAAAAUUGGUCAAAAUGAUCGUAUUGUAUUAUCAAACUUUUUAACUAUUGGUAAACAAUUCUUAACAACUAUACCACAACAAUUAUUUGAUUAUAUUAAAAAUAUAAAUAAUUUUAAUAAUAAUAAUAAUAUUAAUAAUAAUAAUAAUAAUAAUAAUAAUAAUGAUAAAUUAAAACAAUUUAAAUCUAUAAAUAAUAAUAAUAAUAAUAUUUCAAAGAAUUUAACAGAUAAUUUAAAAAAUUCAAAUUUAGAUCUUAAAGUUGUUUUUAAUGAUGACCCAAAAGAAUUUAUUGAAAAAUGUAUUGAAAAAUGUAAAGAAUAUUUAUCUUUAAAUCCAUAUUCAUUUGGAGAAUUCAUUGAUAAAGAAAAAGAAAUGAAUGAAUAUUUAACAAGAAUUAGUGAAAGAUAUUAUGAUUCAUUGAUAAGUGUUGAAUUAACACCACCAGUUAUGAUGGUACCACCAGGUUCAGAACAAAGUAAACUUAUAAAGAAAUUAACAGAUUCAUUAUUAGGUGGUAAUAAUACAUUUUCAGUGGUUGUUGGUAAAACUACAUUAAUGAAUCAUCAUUAUUAUCCAUUCACUCAAUCUUUUCAACAAAAUAUAACAACAAUUUAUAAAUAUCAAGAGAAAUUUAAAUUAAAUGUAAUUGGUUGUCAUAAAGAUUGGAUUGAAUUUGAUAAUGAAUCAUCAUCAGCAUUUAUUAAAAGAUGUCAAUUAUUAAUUAUUCCAAAUGAUGAUGAUGAUAACGAUAACGAUAAUGAUAAUGAUAAUGAUAACGAAAUAAUUUAUGAAUUUAAUUUACCAUUAUUAUUUGGAUUAAAAUUAAAACUUUCAAGUUGUUUUAUUUUAGAAUUAUUAAAUGGUGAUUAUCAAGAUCAAGAAUUAUCACAACAUAGACAAUUAUCAAAACAAUUACAAUCACAUGAUGUAUUGGUUAUGAAUGAAUUUGAAAAGAGUAAAGAACGUUGUGAUGAUAAGUAUUGGUUAAAAUCACAAUUAUCAAAAUGGUUUUUAAAUGGUGAAUUAAAAUCAACACCACCAACUGCUAUAUUAAAUUUAACUUUGAAUUUAUUAAAUGAAAGAGAUAUACUAUUAUCAAUUGAAAAACAGUCACCACAAUUGUUAUUAUUAGAUUUAAAUACAAAUUCAAAUUCAAAUCAAAUUGAAAGAGGUUUAAUUUUACAACCAAGAUCAAAUACAACCGAAUCGAAUGGUGUUGAAUAUUUUAAAUCUCCAAAUUCAUCAAAGAAAUUGGUGACAAGAGUUUUAGAAUUAAUUGAUGAAAUCGAUACUCAAGAUCAUUUAAAUGGUGAUGAAUAUUUAAUUUCACAAGUUAUUGAUUCUGUUAGAACAAAAUCUGAUCAAAAAAGAUUAAUCUUUAGAUUGAAUGCAUGUAUUGGCAAUGAAACUACACUUUCAAUUGUAAAAGCUGGUACUGUUGAUGAAUUAAUCAUUUCCCCUGGUGUUAGAAAUUCAAAAUGGGUAUUGGUUCAAUCAAUUUUAAAUGAUUUACCAAUACCAAUUAAAAAAAGAGAUUGGUUACUUUGGUGUGAAAUCGCUCAAACUAUUCUUGAAGAAAUUGAUUUACCAUUGAUUGGUAUUGAUAUGAUUUUAACAUAUGAUCAAGUUAAUCAGCAAUAUCAACCUUUUAUCUUAGAAGCAAAUGCUAGACCAGGUAGUUUAAUUAUGGCUGAAAAACUACAUUUUGAUCAAGAAACUAAUCAAUUUAAUCAUUCAACUCCAACAACUCCAAUCUCUAUUAAUUGGUGGUAUCAAGUUCAAAGAAAUUCUCAUUUAACAAUUAAUGAUAUUAAAAAUUUAAUUUCAAUUGAUUUAUUAAAGGAUAGAUAUAAUCAACAACCACCACUACAACCACAAUUACAAUAUCAACAAAGUUUUAGUGGUGAUAAUAAUAGUUUUGAUAAUUUUAAAUUAUUAAAAGAAAGAAAACAAAAUUUAAUUAAUCAAUUAGAUGUAUCAAUUAAAUCUCAUUCAUUUAAUCCAUUCUCAAGAGUUGUUGUAGUUUGUUCAAAUGGUAGAGAUCGUGUAUUUAUGGGACAUAGUGAUUUAUUAGGAUUAGGUGGUUUCACUAUAAAUUCAAAUUCAAUGAAUGAAAUAUUAUGUAUUGGUCAAUUAAUUAAAUCCAAUGGUGGUAAUGGUGGAAAAGUAAUCAUUAGUAAUCAAGAUAGUAAACAAUUCCCAACUGUUGAAAUCUCAAUAGAUAAUGAUAUCAUUAAACUAUUGAAACAAUCUUAUGAUUUAAAAUCAAAAGAACCACUUUGGUCUCAAAUUCAUUGGGAUAGUUAUAUCAAAUGUUUAUUGGCUUAUUUAAUUCAUAAAUGUGAAAGUUACCCACAAUCGGUUUUAAAUGAUUUAACAAAGUUAAAAUCAAAAGAUCAAUCAAUUCUACUUCAUUUCUCAAGUGAUGGAUUAUUAAAGUUACCAAUAUCUGGUGGUGUUAGUUCAAGUAGUGCAUUAACUGGUGCUUGUAUACUUUGUUUAAAUAGUUUAUUCCAUUGGAAUCUAACAAAAGAACAAAUGGCAAACACUGAUUUCGCUGAAUAUUUCUUGGGUAAAUUAGGUGGUGCCUCUGAUAAAACCACUCAGCUAUUCUCAAAGAAAGGUAAAAUUUCAAUCAUUGGUUCAAUACCAGAAAGAUUUAUAAAAUCUUUAAAGUUUCCAAAUGAAAAAAUAGUUAUUGUAGUUGCACAAUCCCAUAUACCACGUUUGACAACUCCACAAGGUAGAGAAUGGAUUGUUGAUCAAAUUGAAGGCACUAAUAAAACAAUUCACAAUAAUUCCGUAGAUGUUAUCUAUCAUUGGGCCCAUCAAAUUAUGAAAUCAUUUGGUUCUCAAGUUUUAAUUGAUUCUGUUAACAUUUUAAAAGAUAAACUUUCAAAUCCUUUAGAAAUUGAAAAUACCUCAAAGAUUACAGGUUUCACUGAUAUUGAAAUGAAAAAACUUUAUCUAUCAUUAUCAAAGAAUAAUUUACUUCGUGACCUUUCUUUAGAUGGUGAAAUUGAAAAACAUUUCCCAGAAUUAAAAAAUCAUCGUUUAAAACGUUAUCAAAUCAUCUAUAAGCUUUUAUUAUUAUUACCAGAAACAAAAGUUGAUAGAUUUGGUGUAAUAGAAUAUUGGAAUAGAAAAUCAGUACUAUUUGCAUUAUCUGAAUUAGAAAGAGGUAUAGUUUAUCAACAAAUUAUUACACUUUUAUCAAAUUCCAAUUCAGCUGAAUAUAAUACAAAUAAUAAUCAUAAUCAUCAUGAUGGUAGUAUUGAUAAAAAACAAGAAAAACAAUUAAUUAAAGAUUUAAUGAAAAUUAUAAAGACUGCUCAUGAUGGUGAUAAACAAAUUCAAGAUUAUCGUAAUGGUUUUAAAGAAACAUCUUGGUCAACAAAUCCAUUGAAUUGUUUUGAUGAUGAUACUAUAUCAAGUUGGAUUGGUGAAAUUGAUAAAAUCCUCUUAAUUACAAAUCCAUUAUUAGCAAGUACAGGUUGUAUGGGUAGUUUAAAUUCUAGUGGUUCAUUUGAUUCUUUCAAAAACAAUAGUAGUAGUAAUGUUAUAAAAUCUUCACCAUUAGGAAUUAGUCAAGAGUUUGUUAUUCAAAAGGAUAAAUUUAAUCUUUUCUACUAUUUAAAUAAUCCAAAUACUCAUCAUGUUGAACUCUCUCUAAAAUGUGGUGGUUUCCAAAGAUCAUUACCAGAUUUUGAUGAAAUGGCUGAUGAAAUGACUAAAACUUUCAAAGAAAAAGCUGCCUUAAGAAUUAGUGCUGCAGGUUUAGGUGGUACAGUUUGUGUUCAUACAACAAUUAAAAAAUUAAAUUCUGUAAUAACUUGGUUAAAUCAAAAGAAUUUUAUUAAUAUUAGAAAAAUUGAUUAUCCUGGUCCACCUUCACAAUCUUUAUUCCAAUAA